AUGCCUUUGCCAAAAUGUCUCAGGCGCCCGGUGGUGCGUCCAGCCGCGUCCGCGGGCCAAUCGCAACGGAAAAAGUGUCGCAUGUGCAACCAUCUCGACCCGAGAGGCCACGCCAAUUCCGUGUAUGAAACUGAGGCUGUGAAAGAGCCUCGCGCAAGUUUGAGCCUUGUGCUUGAUGCGUUGAGCCUUGCAAAGGUCAGGGAAAGUGGGUAUGCUUUCUUCACGGGGUGGAGAGGUGCGAGGGCUAAAGUACAUGUUGAUAUCAAAGAGAAGGCUACGAUUAAGAUUACGCUCGGUGGAGAGCGUUGGAAGGAUGAGAUUGCAGAGAUUUAUGCUGCACCAGCGACACGUCUUCCGUGGCCUACUCUAGGCUUUGCCCAUCACAUACCGGUCAACUCGGGAUCUGAUGACACGUUCAACUUCAUUCGACGUUGCGUGACAGGUUGCAUCGGAAAUCCAAAACACACAGCAUGCAAGUUCCCUUGUCCUUCGGCAUUGUCGCCUCCUAAGCGUCUCCUCGACGUCGGCAGGAGUUCUUCGCCAAUCAGGCUCAUCGACACAGAAUGCAAGAACUUUCAGUAUGCUGCUCUGUCGCAUUGCUGGGGGUCUUCCCAGCCGCUCGUUUCAACGAAAGAAACAUGGCCUAAAAUGGCGGUCAACAUCUCCUUUGAUACCUUCCCGCCGCUAUUCCAAGACGCCAUUAUCAUCACCCGUCAGCUUGGCUUGCGCUACUUGUGGAUUGACAGCCUUUGUAUCAUACAAGAUUCAGUUCGAGACUGGGAGACCGAGUCAGCAAAGAUGGGGAGCAUUUAUCAAAACAGCUACAUCACUAUUGCUGCAACGCAAUCCGCCAACAGCAGUGUAAGAUGCUUGGUCGAAAGGCGGAAGCCCGUAAAAAUACCAUACAGCAACACCGCUGGAAAACAAUAUGCACUGAGAGCGCGAAAAAUUUUGGACCAUCAUCCAAGCCAUGCCCCUGGCGGAGGUCCUGCAAAGCCAGUCGGUCCACUCACAUCACGUGCUUGGGCGCUCCAGGAGCACGUUCUCAGCACAAGGAUACUACACUAUACGGCAACAGAAUUGCUGUUCGAGUGCAAAACUUCGUAUCGAUGCGAAUGCAUUCCAGAACGCAGGGCCUACCCCACCACGCCCUCGUUGAUCCCCAAGGCAGUGGCUAGCAAGAAAAUAGACGCCGUAUGGCAUGCAUGGCAACGCGUCGUCGAGCACUACACUGCACGUCAUCUCACCGUUGCAGCAGACAAGUUCCCUGCAAUCUCGGGUAUCGCGAGCAAAAUUAGAAAAGCAACACACUCUGAAUAUAUCGCCGGACUAUGGAAACACAACCUGGCUUCCGAUAUGCUAUGGCAUGCUACUCGGUCAAAUACUGCUUGUCCAGAUAACUUUGCGGAAGAUGUUUGGCGCGCACCGUCUUUCUCUUGGGCGAGCUUGGAUGUGCCGGUGACUUAUACGUUGCUGGAUGAAGAGGAACGCGAAACAUUCAAAUCCAUGGUCACUAUUGUCGAUUGCAAGGUUACUCCUACUGGGCUCAACCCGCUGGGUGCCAUCUCUAGCGGCUCCCUCACUCUGCGAGGCCCCACCAUAUCUUGCAUGUUGUCUGCGGAAAAGAAUUGUGGGGUGUGGGAGUACAAUCUUGUGAUCAAGGGUACAAGUACCAUUCCCAUGACACAUGACUGCUUACUCUCUGAAGCGAAGUUUGAAGAUAGUAACGGAGAAAAGCGACGGACAGUUCGUCGAGCACUGUCUGCUGAUACAAUACGUCGGUUUGAGGCGACAGUCAUGUGCUUGGGCGUUGCUCGGUACGACAACGUUGUUGCGGGUCUUGUGCUGGGGAUGUCGGCUCAGCAUUCUCCAGCGUGGGAGCGACUCGGCACUUUUGCAGUAGGCACAGAAGCAAUUGAGCGGCGUGAAGAGAUGGAUUUGGUGCUCGUGUAAAGUCGAUCAGUGCCAGGGGGUCGAGUUUCUAUUUUCGGUGUUUUGAUCAACAGUUCUCUCUGACAUCAUGUGUUUUAGCGUUCCGGACUUGAGUUUUUGACUACAGCAGAAUGAUCAUCGUAUCAAUGAAGAUUUGGAAUCAAGUGCGUUUGCUGGCAGGUAUAAUUUGGCGGGAUCGAGGGAAUCGUGGGGUGUGUACAAUGUAGAUGGAUCUGCAAAUCUCGAUGUCGGCGAUGGGAGGUGGGCGCUUCUUUAUAUCGUAUGACGCGCAUAUAUUAGAAGCAUGGUUGCUAUCUUGCCGUCUAGUAAACCCUACAUACAAGCUUCGACCAAAUAUCGAAAUAGGACAAGCGGCACAUGUGUUA